GACACAGAUUGUCACACAGAGAUCGACUUAAAGCUUAAGCACAACUGCAAUGGUGUGUUACUUCUGAGGCAGGUUCAGGAUGAAGAGUUCCCUGCAAUUUUGUGUGAGGGCCAAUUUGCUCUUUUGUCUGGGGCUACUUCUGCACUGCGGAGAAGCCAAAGUGCACACUGAAGCAAAGGCUGGGCCUCUGUAUCGCGUUGUGGGCACUCCACUCUCCAUCUCCUGCAACGUGAGCGGCUUCACCAGUGCCAGCACUAGAAAAGAAUUUGAAUUCCGUGUAAAAAAGCCUGCAAGGCCUACACAUGAGCUCAACGUCAUCAGCACCGGGGACAAGUUCUUCCCCUAUGCCAUGUAUGGGAGCCGCGUGAUGAGCAAGGAAAUCACUCUAACACAUGUGACUCCAGAAUCAGUCUUCUUUGAGAUACAAAAGCUGGAGAAAAACGAUGAAGGAGAAUAUGAAUGUACUGUAGUCAACCCGGUAUCUGUUUAUGAUGGAACCUACAGCGCUAUGACAACAGUGAAAGUGAUUGACAACUCCCUCAGUGUUUCAUCACCUGCCUCCACCUCGCUGAGCUAUAACGAGGGUGAUGCUCUCACUUUAACAUGCCAAGCCUCCAGCAACACCAUCCAGCACACCCAUCUGUCUGUUGCCUGGUUUCUCCGCAAAGACGGCGCGGACGAUCCUCAGCUUAUCAUUUCUCUGGACAGACAUUUCACACUGAGCCCAGGCCCAGGGUUUGAAGGGCGUUACCAAGCUGGACUCAUAAGGUUAGAUAAAAUGGGAGAUGCCACGUACAAGCUAAACAUUGCACAGCUGGAGCUGUCAGAUCAAGGCAGGAUCUACUGUCAGGCUCAAGAGUGGAUCCAAGAUCCUGACCGCUCCUGGUACACGAUCUCACAGAAAGAUGCAGAUGAAACCACCCUGACUGUCAAAGCAAGAGAGGUGGCACAAGACACGUCAUCACUGGCGGUAAGAAUCUCGGCCCAGUCCGCUACUCUGCAGGACGGGCAGGAGCUGUUACUGUCUUGUAGUGUGAACACACAAAACCUGGAGGAAAAGUUCUUCUCUGUCGCCUGGCUCAAGGGAAGUGUUGAGUUGGCCCGUAUCGGCCCUACAGGUAUUCUGUCCGUGGGGCCCGAGUACAGCGGGCGGUUGAAAGAAGGAGAGCUCAGGGCAGCCCGGACAGGGGACAGAGAUUACCGUCUCACAUUGCAGCCAGUCAGAACUGAUGACCAGGGAAAGUAUAUCUGUAGAGCGUGGCUGCAGGACAGAGGCCAGGAUGGUGCCUUUACACAGGGAGUAGCCCAAGACUCCAGCUUCCAGCUGGUCAACAUCUCAGCCACAGAGAGUGGGCUCUCAGUUGAAAUGCAAAACACCAGUGUCAACGAAGGCAACAGGCUGAACCUCACCUGUAAAGUGCACGGGGUCAAAGGUCAGCUCUCUGUCACCUGGCAACGUAAAUCAACAUUGACGUCAACGGCCGUGUUCACCGACGUCAUCGGUCUAAGUCAGGAGGGUGUUAUGGAGAAAGCGGAAGAGUUCAAGAGUCGUGAAGUAAAGGCAAUGCGUCCAACAAUCGACACCUUCACCCUCGAGCUCGAUGAAGUCACGGCUUCAGAUUCAGGAGUCUACAAGUGUGCCGUGUCUGAAUGGAAAAUCCACAGCAAGACCAACAGCCACUCUCAGACUGCAACUGUGACAGUGGCUCCUACGGAAUCCUUUCUGAAAGUGAAUCUGUUAAGUCGCAAGUCCAUGGUGACUAUGGGUGAAAAUGUGAUGUUGAUGUGCCGGGUGAUAGGACCACGUGUACCAAUAACACUCACCUGGAGCCUGCAGCGGGACGCCUCAAACAUAGAUAACAUCCUGACACUGUACUCUGAUGGUGUUAUCAGCUGGUCAGGAAACCAGAACCGCUACCAGCUGAAAGUAGAAAACCAACAGAAUGGAGCAGUUUACUAUCUGCUUAUCAACGGUGCGAGCCACAGGGAGGCAGGAAGGUACCACUGUAGGGCAUCUGUUUUCCUGGAAAAUGUGUAUAAGAAGCUGCCUCCAUCCAACCAGCUGGCUGUGGUGGUGCAGAACCCAGUGAGCAAGCUCAUCCUUACUCCCACCCCCGCCUUGACAAGAAAUGUCAACACAGAUAUAGAAAUGAAAUGCUCAGUUAAAUCAGAUCUCUCUGCAUACUCUCGCUAUGCUGUGACCUGGCUGCUCCAGCAACAGGGAGAAAAUAAGACCAUUGUGAGCUCGGACCGGGAUGCCCAGGUGACAUUUGGACCCCAGGUACAGCUGAGCCACAGACAGCGAAUCAGCACCAAGCGCACCGAGGGCCCUAGUUUUGAGUUGAAUAUUCGCCAAGCUCGACUCUCAGACAGCGGCUCAUACGUAUGUGAGGUGGUGGAGUGGCUUCAAGAACCUGAUGGUGACUGGUAUCCCCUCGCACCAGUGUCCACAACUACAGAGCUAACAGUUAUUGAGCCUACCAAUGACCUUAGAUUAGACAAAUCAGAGCAGCCGGUGACCACCAUGGAGGGAGACGAGGUCGAGCUCCAGUGUAACAUCAUCACAGGUGCAUCCGGUCCUUCUUUUUUCUACAAAGUCGCUUGGCUCUACACUGGACAGGAUUCGUCCGUCUCGAAUGCCCUGGUGGAGCUUGACCACACGGGCCUGCUCAGUUACCCAGAAAACCGGGAGCUCAGAGGCCUGCAGGGGAGGCUUCGUCUCUCCAGGCCCACUCAGAGCAGCUUCUACCUGGGGAUUCAGACGGCCAAUGAGGGUGAUAGUGGGACCUACCAGUGCCAGGUGGAGCAAUACCAGCUGGAUCACGAGGGUCAGUGGCAGCAAAAAGCCUCUGACAGCGCUGGCCCUAUCGAGCUGACUGUAAAUGUUACAGAGAAAAACCUGUCCAUCGAAAAGGGUGAAAAGAACUUAAAUAUAAGCAGAUCCCACAGUUUCACUAUCCCCUGUCAUAUCAUCAAACAAUCCAGCAGCCAAUCUGAGUUCCAGGUCAGGUGGUUCUGGCAGAGAGAGGGACAAACUCAACAACGCCCCAUAUUUACAGCUUACCGUAACUCCACGCUAGAAGACAUGUUUGGGAAGGAUAAUCAGCUCAGAUUUCGCCACCCUGUGCCCAACCAGUUUACCCUUACAGUCUUGAAACCAAGUCCUGAAGACAGUGGUAUUUAUUUCUGUGAGGUAGAAGAGUGGCUCCCAUCUCUGUCCCACGGGUGGAGGAAGGUUGCAGUGGAAUAUUCGGGAUAUUUGACUGUUAAUGUCUAUUCAGAGGGAGAUGUUAAACCUGUCUCUGAGUCAGCGUGCGAGUCAGAUAUCUGGAUGGGCAUUCUCAUAGCUAUAGCCGUCUGCUUGUUGUUGAUCAUAUUCCUACUGUUUCUGAAGAUAUGCUGGAGCAAGAUCUCAGAAAGAAAGCAGUCGGGCGAAACUCUGUGGGCAGAGCAACAUCCUCUGAACACCAAACCCAGUGCAGAGAACUGAACCCUUCAGACCAGAAGAGAAGAAAAGAGAGAAAAAAAUGCACUUCUAUUUUUAUGUGCAAUGUAGUAUAAGCAGUAUUUUAUGCAAUUAUUCAAGCUUGUGCUGUAUAUAUAUAUUUUUAAAUUCAUUUUUAUUCAAAGUUCAAUAAUUCUUUUUUUAAAUGAGUGUGUUAAUAAACUCCCAUAAAAAGUUUGAAUGUUUCCCUCUGCACAGCUGGGGAUAAUUUUGCCUUUAUGAAUUAAUGAAAUUCAUUAAACCUUUAAAAUUAAACAGGCACUUUUCAUUUUCCAGCUAAAACUUCUUUGCAUAAUCGCCAGCUUCUUACUGCCUGCAAUGGACAGUCGAGCUCUGCAGGAGAUCAACUUUGUGGCUUUGCACCUACAAGGCAACACACUCAGACUGACAGAUUCCUUUUUAUGUAGCAACACACCAGGCAGCUUGAUACGAUGUCUUUGAUGGGGAGAAGUCAAAGCACAUAGCAUGUCUAAGGGUGCAGCUGAGCACGACAUGUGGAAAGUUUUUAAACUUUUUUCAGUAAGUAGCACGGUGGUGAAUCAACCAGGAAGUGCUCUGUGGUUCUGCAAGAGCACACGAUGACUGCGUGGUCUGCAAAUGUGCUGCAAUGUGUGUGUGGCCAGCAUUUGGGCAGACAGUAGUCACGCCAUUCUUACAGAGGUUACAUUCGUACAGUUAAAGAAGAAAACUGCUACAGCAAACAUUUCAUGUUUGUGACUCUGGAUGCAGAGUUUCACUUACAGAUGCAGUGUGACAGCUGUGUGUGUUAACAGUGUUCUGAAACAUUUUUCAUUGUUUAGACUGAUUUGAAAUUAAACAGUCACCAUGAGAAA